AUGUCUGACGCCGAUUUCGACGCCGUUCGGCGGCUCCAGGCUGAGCGGAACGCCGCUGCCGCCGGGAAGAAAGGUUCUAGGACCUUUGAUCCGUCUAGCCAGCGCACUGACAACUCGACCAAGGCCUCCAUGACUGAAUCUUUCGAUACCACGCUGUAUGAUCGCGAUGGCCCCGAUAAAUAUGCCGGCUACGAUACUUCGAUCGCUGUCAAUGGAGAUGAUGAGGAGAUGGAGGAUGCCGAUGGCGGCCACCGCCUGGUCGGCCAGUAUACUGCGACCAAGAGUCAGAUGGAGGAGUUUGCCCACGGUAAUGGGGUCGAGGAGGAAGAUAUCCUUCUCGGACGCGAGAAGGCGGCGAGAAUCGCAGAUCGGGAGACCGAUUAUCAAAAGCGCAGAUUCAACCGCGGACCGCUGACUCCUACUCGGGCCGAUCCUUUUGCUGCGAACACCCAUGCGAACGUUGAAAAUGGAGAGGGCCAGACCUAUCGUGAAGUCAUGGCUCUGCGUGAGAUUGAGAAAGAAGAGGAGCGUUUGGAGGACAAGGAAAAUGCCGACGCGGGCUCGACCGUCUCCGUCGCCGCAGGACGCAAGCGUAAGCAGCGGUGGGACGUUGCCUCUGAGUCUACCGAUGAAACAGCCGAGGCCCCCAAGCCGGAGGAAACAAAAGCGAAACGGUCUCGAUGGGACCAGACACCUGCGGUUCCAGUCCCGGGAGCCACGGAAGAGGCACCAAAACGACGAUCACGAUGGGAUCAGGCGCCAUCUCUUACUGCAGCCACUCCGGUGGGCAACCAAGGACUGGCGACUCCCAUGCAUCCCUCGCAAGCAGGUGCGCCUAUGAUUCCAACUAGCUUUGGAACUGAUAUCUCCGGACGCAACGCGCCCUUGUCGGACGAAGAGCUUGAUAUGAUGCUCCCCGGCGAGGCGGAUGGUUACAAGAUUCUCGAUCCUCCACCGGGUUAUGCUCCGAUCCGCACUCCUGCCCGGAAACUUAUGGCUACCCCGGCACCUAUGGCUAGCUCGACUGGUGUGGGCGGAUUCAUGAUGCAAGAGCCCGAGAGUGCACGCGCCUUGGGCAAGCAGCUUCCGACCGAGAUCCCGGGCGUAGGUGAUUUGCAAUUCUUCAAGCCCGAGGAUAUGGCAUACUUCGGAAAGCUCAUGGAAGGAGGUGACGAGAGUGCUAUGUCGGUAGAGGAAUUGAAAGAGCGGAAGAUCAUGAGGCUCUUGCUGAAGGUGAAGAACGGCACGCCACCCAUGCGCAAGACAGCUCUCCGUCAACUCACAGACAAUGCUCGGCAAUUCGGCGCCGGACCUUUAUUCAACCAGAUCCUUCCAUUGCUUAUGGAGAGAUCCCUCGAAGACCAGGAGCGCCACUUGUUGGUCAAGGUCAUCGAUCGUGUGCUGUAUAAGCUGGAUGAUCUCGUUCGUCCUUACGUUCAUAAGAUCCUCGUCGUCAUUGAGCCCCUCCUUAUCGAUCAAGACUACUAUGCACGUGUCGAGGGUCGAGAAAUCAUCUCGAACCUCGCCAAGGCGGCAGGCCUGGCUACUAUGAUCAGUACGAUGCGGCCUGAUAUCGACCAUGUUGACGAAUACGUCCGGAACACAACUGCCAGAGCAUUUGCUGUGGUUGCGUCUGCUCUUGGUAUUCCCGCUCUCCUUCCUUUCCUUCGUGCCGUCUGCCGCAGUAAGAAGUCGUGGCAGGCUCGGCACACUGGUGUCAAGAUCGUCCAGCAGAUCCCUAUUCUCAUGGGUUGUGCCAUUCUCCCUCACUUGAAGGGUCUGGUUGACUGCAUUGCAGACAAUCUCAGCGACGAGCAAGCCAAAGUGCGCACGGUUACUGCACUGGCUGUGGCCGCCUUGGCUGAAGCUGCCAAUCCCUAUGGUAUUGAGAGUUUUGAUGAAAUCCUUAACCCCUUGUGGACGGGUGCUCGGAAGCAGCGUGGUAAGGGUCUUGCGGCAUUCCUGAAGGCUGUCGGCUACAUUAUCCCUCUCAUGGAUGAGGAAUAUGCCAACUAUUACACCAGUCAGAUUAUGGAGAUCCUGCUUCGUGAGUUCUCAUCACCAGAUGAGGAGAUGAAGAAGGUCGUUUUGAAGGUGGUCUCGCAGUGUGCCAGCACCGACGGAGUCACGGCUAGCUACCUCAAAGAACACGUCCUCACCGACUUCUUCAAAAGCUUCUGGGUGCGGCGCAUGGCCCUGGACCGGAGGAACUACCGUCAAGUCGUUGAUACUACGGUCGAUCUCGGCCAGAAGGUCGGCGUGGGGGAGAUUCUCGAGCGUGUAGUGAAUAACCUCAAGGAUGAGAGUGAACCAUACAGAAAGAUGACAGUCGAGACCGUGGAAAAAUUGAUUGCGGCUCUUGGAGCCGCCGAUAUCUCCGAGCGCCUGGAGGAACGGCUUAUUGACGGUGUCCUCUAUGCCUUCCAAGAACAAAGCAUCGAGGACAUCGUGAUCUUGAACGGCUUUGGCACGGUGGUCAAUGCUCUUGGUACUCGUUGCAAGCCGUACCUCCCGCAGAUUGUCAGUACCAUUCUUUGGAGAUUGAACAACAAGUCCGCCACCGUGCGUCAACAGGCGGCGGAUCUCAUUUCGCGCAUUGCAAUGGUCAUGAAGCAGUGUGGAGAAGAUGCUCUCAUGGGUAAGCUCGGUAUUGUUCUCUACGAAUAUCUGGGUGAGGAGUACCCCGAAGUGCUUGGAUCUAUCCUUGGUGCGCUUCGUUCUAUCGUCACGGUCGUCGGUAUCAACCAGAUGCAGCCGCCUAUUCGUGACCUCCUUCCCCGCCUCACGCCUAUUCUGCGUAACCGACACGAGAAGGUCCAGGAGAACACCAUCGACCUUGUGGGUCGUAUUGCUGAUCGCGGUCCCGAGUCUGUCAACGCUCGCGAGUGGAUGCGUAUUUGCUUCGAGCUGCUUGACAUGCUGAAAGCGCACAAGAAGGGCAUUCGUCGUGCGGCGAACAACACCUUUGGCUUCAUUGCUAAGGCCAUUGGUCCUCAGGAUGUUUUGGCGACGCUACUCAACAAUCUCCGAGUGCAGGAACGUCAAUCUCGUGUCUGCACUGCUGUCGCCAUCGGUAUUGUGGCCGAGACUUGCGCUCCAUUUACGGUUCUUCCUGCCUUGAUGAACGAAUACCGGGUACCGGAGCUCAAUGUCCAGAAUGGUGUCCUCAAGGCCAUGUCGUUCCUUUUCGAAUAUAUUGGCGAAAUGGCCAAGGACUACGUAUACGCCGUGACUCCUCUGCUCGAGGAUGCCCUCAUUGACAGAGAUCAAGUUCACCGGCAAACCGCUGCCAGCGUUGUCAAGCACAUUGCUCUUGGAGUCGUCGGUCUGGGUUGUGAAGAUGCUAUGGUCCAUCUUUUGAACUUGGUGUUCCCUAACAUCUUUGAGACUAGCCCUCACGUCAUCGAUCGUGUUAUCGAAGCCAUCGACGCGAUUCGUAUGGCUGUUGGAACUGGUGUUGUUAUGAACUACGUCUGGGCUGGACUGUUCCACCCUGCUCGCAAGGUGCGCACGCCAUACUGGCGACUCUAUAACGACGCGUAUGUGCAGAGCGCCGAUUCGAUGAUUCCGUACUACCCAGGCCUGGAAGCGGAUGGCUUGGACAGGACCGAACUCUCCAUCAUUGUUUGA